AAAAAAUAAAAAAAUAAAACCCUUUCCUCUCAUAAACCACGUCUAGCAGACCACAUAUCUGUCGGUCCCGGGAGUUAGCCAGCCGUCCGUACGUUUAGAAAUUAUGGUGGGCCUUCAGCAAACACCAAUCCCAUCGGAUGAUAGUUUAACUACUUCAAGCUUUGGCGGACUUUCAUCAAAAGCAUCUUUGCAGGCGAAGCUUAGUAAUUAUUCUGAUCUGAAAUGGGCCGGGUCUGACAAAACUAUAUGCAAUCCGAUGCUUUUACCUUACGAUGUACAUGUCGGGCACCCGCCUAUGAGCCAAUUGACAUUAAAGGACUGUGUUAUUGGUGCUGGAGAUGUUUCCACAGCUGUACAAACUUCAGCUAUAUCUCGAUUAAGGCCUCAAAGCGUUUCUGCAGCUGCAUCGAAUAAUUGCAUAAAAUGUGAAAGUAUAGACAAUCAGAACGAGACUACAAAAGAAAGGAAAUGUUUAGAAGCAACAGCCCAACGUCCUACGAGGAUUGAAGAUCGGGAAAAUGUAUUAGACAAUGUCAUCAAACCUGAUGUAGACAUAAAACAAGAAGAAUGCAACAAUUACAAUAGUGAUUAUUAUGCACAAAGAAAGACAAAGAAAACGAUAAACGCUGCUAAUGGUGAUGUCCAUGAUGUUGAUAUACAAAAUGGUCUCAUAGGAAACCCAAUGCUUUUACCUUACGAUGCACACCUCAGACACCUGCCUAUGAGCCGAUGGACAUUAAAAGACAGUGUUAUUGGUACUGGAGAUGUUUACCCAGCUGUACAAAGUUCAGCUAUAUCUCGAUUAAGUUAUCAGCGGUUCUCUGAUCAUGCGAUGAAUAAUUGCACAAAAUAUGAAAGCAUACACAAACAGAGCGAGACUACAAAAGAAAGAAAAAGUCUAGAAGCAACAGUCCAAGUUGCCGUGACUGUACCUAUGACCUUAGGUGAUGACACGAUAGUUGAUGUGGAUAUAGAAAAAGAAAAACGAAAAAGAUACCAUCGUGAAUAUUAUGCACGACGAAAGAAGAGGAAAAUGAGCAAUGUUGCUAAUGAUGAUGUCUCCCAUGAUAUAGAUAAAAACAAAGAUUUUGCUGUAGAAAGACGAAAAGAGUAUAAUAAAGAAUAUUAUGCACGACAGAAGAAAUUAAGAGAAGUAAAUGCUAAAGGAAAUACUGAAUCAUGGCAAUAUCCAAGAAUAAACAAUUCAUUACAUUCUGCAAAGAAAUGUGCAAUGAGGGCAGUGACCUUAAUUACAAAUAAGACAACAUCGAGUGAUAUGGGCGAAUUUAAUACUCAAGAAACUCAUGUAAGGGCAGAUAAAGCUGCUCAAAAUACAUCAUGUUAUUCGGCUGAACUCAAUACUGAAGAACCUCAUGUAAGGGCGAACGAAGAUGCUCAAAAAGUAUUGUGUGAUAUGGGUCAACUCAAUACCAAAGAAACCCAGGCAAGUGCAUCAGACAAUGCUUCUCAAAGGAGGAAAGUUUACAAUAGAGCUUAUUAUCUACGAAAUAAGGAGAACAAAAUUAGAGCAGGUGUUAACAAACCGGAAGGUUGUCAAACAUUGAGUAGUACUGCAACGACCAUUACGGUGUUGAAUAUUACUGGUAAAGAAAGAGUGACCCAAGUAAUGUUUGGACUUGACUGACUCGUGAAAACUUGAAUGCCAAAGUUAGGUUGACCAACAUUAGAAGGGCAUGUUUGGCUUAGCUUAUUUUUUUGAGCUUAUACUUUCUAGCAAAAAAGCUUAUUUUGGCUGAGCUAUAUGUCCUUUGCAAAAAAGAAUUCGGCUAAUGCAAUUAUUGCUAAGCUGGUUCUCGCCGCAAUAACUUAUUUUCUAUGGCAAGAACGAAACACAAGACUUUUUCAACCGAAGAAGAGAUCAGUUCAACAAUUAGUUGAAGUUAUUGAUGCUAUGGUGCAUUUAAAACUGCUUUCUUUUCGUUUCAAGAUCACAGGAAGCAUCAGAACUAUUUUGGAUACUUGGAAGCUGCCUUGCAUAGUCUUGUGAUUGUUCAUGACAUUGUUCAUGUCAUCCUUUGUAGUAUGACAGUGGCAUGUCGUUGCUGACAUAGGUUGUUGCCUUAUGCUUGUUUUGUACUAAGUUGCAUUGACAUUUAACUUCAUUUUAUGGUAUACACAAUCUAACAAGGGCAUA